AUCUGAUUGCAACGGACUUGUUCAGAGACUAGCGCCUCGUUCGCAUUUCUCCAGCAAAAUGGCAAAGGCAGCCUCGUCGCUCUUCCAGACCCUGAAGCGCUACUUCAAGAAGCCGUGGGAGAUCACCGGCCCGUGCGCCGGUCCGGAGUACAGAUCCGCCUUGCCAGGCGCCCUGGAGUACCGGCUGGAGUGCCCCGCCACCACGAAGGUCCAGCCUUGGAUCCCCUCCUCCGACCCCGAGACUGUCUUCGACAUCAAGUACCACACCCGCGACCAGCGCCGCAACCGCCCUCCCAUUCGCCGGACUGUGCUCAAGAAGCCCGACGUGGAGAAGAUGACGAAGGAGAAGACCUUCGAUGUCUCCGACUUCCCCAGAGUCUAUCUUACUGCCAUGGUAGAGGAGGACAUGAACGCUCGUGGCGGAGGGUACCAGUAAUAGGCUUGUGGGGUUGUGGAGAAAUGGUCGUGCUCCAUUGUUCCUUCUGUUUUGCUUUGUGACUAAUGAUGGGGCAGAUCAUAUCAGAGGUAGAGAUUUGCCCUGACUGCCCAUUUAAAGAAGAUAUGGUGUUUGAAUAAGAAUGUUUGCCUGCAGUUGAAUUGUAUUUCCUGUUGCUUGCUUCUUGCAUCAAUUGUUUGUAUACACAAUCCAAAUGUUGAAUGCUUGAUGACCUAACUGAUGUCUCCAAAUUCUAGAAUUUUUUACAUGUGAUCAUCUAGCGGAACUUUUCAGUAUCAUUUUUCCGCCAAGAAUUCUCGGCUAUAUGUACUUUUAAGUGCUUAUGUCUUUUCAGUUUCAUACAAUAAAAACUUGAGUGUUACUUCC